AUGAGUGUUUUGUCACGCACAGUCGCCUCCGAAAUGAUUUCAGACGAACGUAUUGUAUUAUUUCAGGACCAACAGGAGUCUCACGUUAGAAGGGUUUCUAGUAAAGGUGGGGACCGCGUGUCCACGAUUACGAACUUGUACUUUAAAAAUAAACACUUAUCCAAACAACACGCCACAGUUCGGUACGACAAGAAUGAGGGAUUCACCGUUGAAGACACCAAUUCUACCUUUGGUACUAUUAUCAAUGAUGCGGUCAUCAAACACAAUGUCAGACAGCCAUUGAAGGAUAAAGAUACAUUAGGGUUCAUCUUGUCCAAACCAUCACUGAAAAUUAGAGAGGUGUUCAAGAAGUUUGAAACUGAUUUGGAACACAAAAACAUUCCUCUUAGUGAAUUUGAUCUGCCAAAAAUUAGCAUGAAGUUUGACGUUGCGAUAAACAAGUCUGUGCUUAAAUUGGUGCCUUGUACUACCACCGAAGCUAGCCAUGACUAUGAGUUGACAAAUGAGGGAUCAGUAACUAAUCUUUCAGCCUUUGAGAGUACUGAAUUUGGGAAUAACGACGUUGACGAAAUUGAUAAAGGUGAAUACCACGCAAAUGACACGACACAAGAUGAGAAGAAGUCGUCUUUCACUGUCAUUGAUCUUGAUGAAGACCACGAAGAGAAUAUGGACGGGUUUUUGGGGAAGAAAAGUGCAGUGGAACCAUCAAUCAUUAUUGAAGAACUUCCACCAAAGGAACCCGUUGAGAUCAACAGCAAAAAUGACGAAACAGUGGGAAUUCAACUGGCUGAUAGUGCUCAAGAUGAGUCUGGAUUAGACUUUGUUGAAUUGGAAGAUGGCCUGGUAUUGGGAUCAAUUAUUGAUGAAAAGAAGACGAACCUCCAAAAUCACUCUGAUGAUGUAGGCUCAACAUCUCAGCCUCCAACCCCCAGAGAAAAUGACCUUGAUCACGCUGAUAUCUCUCGAAAUAAUGUUGAAGCGGACAAAGAUGAUGAUGAGCCUCCGAGCGAAUCCGAAAUUGUUUAUGAAGUUUACAAGAUGGAAAGUGAUUAUAACAGCAAAGAGAUUUAUGAUGAGGAGGAUGCUGAAGUAAACGUAGGCGACAAGGUACUUGAUACCAAAGAAGUAAAUUCAGAGAAUCGAAUUGUUCUUUCGGAUUCCAACCUUUCCAACAUUGGAAAUUGCCCCGAAACAUGCCACUUGGAAGAGCCAUUGAGGAAGAAUAGUUCGCCAGCUGAAAAUUCAGAUGAAAAGUACAAUAGUGAUGGUAUUAGGGGCAAACUUGAUUACGAUUACGUCACAGAUUACGAAUGUGAGCAUAAUUGCUCUGACGCUGAAGACUACGAAUUUUCUUGUGACUGUCACAGAGAAGAAGAUCAAACUGCUUCAGAUUACUCAUAUUUGAGCUCUGAUUGGGACGGAGAUGAGCAUGGGCAUUCCUUAGAAAUUUUUUUCGAGGGUCCAAGUCUGGAAGAUGAAUCUGUUUGUGUAUGCUCUGAUCCCGAAGAUUGUUACUGUGGCAAGAAACAAAUGCUUCGUCCACGCAAAAAGGGAGUUGAUCAUAAUGACUCAGAUAAUCAUUCAUACGAAUGUCUUGGGUGUCACGAUUGUGACUCUCAUAUAUCAAACAGUUGGGAUAUUCUGGAUUCUGAUGAAGACUCCGUUUGCGUUUGCUCCGAUCCAGAGGUCCUUUAUUGUGAGAAAGGACAUAGCUCCUUCAUACCUCCCAAACAGAGGGAAGAUACGGAGAUGUUAGAAUCAGUCGUGCAAUUUGGAUUUCCAAAGACAGCACCACAUGACAACAUUACCCAAUCGAUGGUGAGAAGUGAUGUGGAUCUCGACAGCCCUGAAGUGAACAAUCCAGUAGUUGCACUUAGGGUCGAAAAUACCAGGAAAAGAUCAUAUCAGGAUACGGUUGAGGGAGAGGAGUUUGACGAUGGUAUCGACAACGAAGGUGAUGUUGAGAUGCCACCACGCAAGAAGCAAAUUAGUGAAGACUCCAAGCUCAAAACUAUUUUCAAGGAGGUUGUAAAAGGGUUGUUUUACGUAGCUGCUACAAUUACAGCCCUUGGUAUUUAUGGUUCAACAUUGGAAGAGAAUUAG